AUGACACCUUGCCUCGCCUCGUUCGCAGACGCCACGCAUUAUGCGCACUACGUGUUCAAGACAUUCACGCAGAACACCCAGGGACAGAUCAGCUUCGAGGAGUUCCUCGCAGCGUUGUCGACGGUGUCCCGAGGCACGACGCAGGAGAAGCUGCAGUGGAUCUUCGGCCUCUACGACGUGAACAACGACGGCCUCAUCACCAAGGCGGAGAUGGUGGACGUCGUCAGCGCCAUCUACGAGAUGAUGGGCCGCUCCACCGAGCCGCAGGUGGAGGAGACGUCCGCCAAGGAGCAUGUGGAGAAGAUCUUUCAUCUGAUCGACAGGAACCAGGACGGCGCCAUCACCCUGGAGGAGUUAGCCGAGUGGGUCUCUCGGGACGAAACCAUCGUGCAGAGCCUCAGCAUGAUGGACACGGUGCUCUACACGAGGCGGGAGCGCGGCGCCGUCGGGGCUCAUCCGCUCUCACGCCCUUCCCUCAGCCGCCCUUGAGCGCCUUCGCCUCCCACGCCCGAACACCUUCCCCGCCCGCAGGACCCCGCAAGGAAGCCGAAGGAAAACGAAGGAAGCCGAAGGAAGCCGCAAGGAUGUCGAAGGAAGCCGAAGGAAGCCGAAGGAAGCCGAAGGAACCCGAAGGAACCCUAAGGAACCCGCAGGAACCUAUAGGAACCGAGAUCCAGUGGCUCGUGGUGGCCGAGUGGGGUCUCUUAGGGCCAACCCGCAGCAGACGGCGACGGACCUCCCCUCCCCCUUCCCCUGCGCCGCCUCUCGUCUUGACUCCCCCCCCUCCACCCGAAGGACUCGCGCUCAGGACACUUAACCUAGCGACUUGCUGGAUAGGAUACAGGCCGUGCCCUUCCGACCGCGCCCUUCGAGUUCCACACAAAACGACAGGCUUCCAAGAGAGAUCGGUUCGGCUUACAAUCACGAAAGCUCGAUAUCUCUAAUAUAGUUUUCCCAAAGAGACUCCACAAAAGUAACAAUAACAAACAAACAAACAAGCAAAACGAGAUCAUUUACAAGGAAAAAAACAUAAAGCUAAAAAAAAAAGAGAAAAAAAAACGGAGCCUUAUCUUUGCUGAACAAGACGAGGAAGAAAAUCCUAAGGCAUAAAGGUGAUAAUUAUCGAAGUCUUUCGUCAAUCAUCAAUUCUAAUUCCAAUUUAAUUAUGUAAAGCGUGUGAAUUCAGGUUUAUAUAAUAAGCUUAAAACCAAAUCUUUGCUAGAAAAACACCACAAAAAUUUAGAAGGAAUUCGGUCCGGGGUUACCGCCAUUACCGCAGAUGAUACGAAUGCAACGCUAGAGCCAUGACUUCGGCUUUGUUUUGGAGUAAGUAAAUCAGUGAUUACCUAAUGUGAUGUGGGAAUUUAUAUAAAAUCACAAUACAAGUAAUACUUUUGCAAAAACUUAAUUAUAGUGUAGACGUUGGUGUAGUUAAUAAAUAAGUUACAAACAUCCUAAUCCGAAGUUUAGGCUCCAUCAUCGCAUUCGUACAGUUUGCAGUAAGGACGGGAAAUAUGAUAGGAUUCUGAGCUAGCGGGUGUCGCGGGGGGGGGGGUGUAGCAGGGUGUAGCGUGUAUCAUACGCAUUGCAGCUUCAUCUCGAUAAUUCAAGAAAGUAUCAAGUGUACAUAUCAAGUAGAUUCAUAAAGUUUGUAAGCUUAGUCACAGCAUUCCUAUACACGCUUUGACGAACUUAGUAAAUUCGAUUUUUAAAAAAACCUUUGUUUUUCCUUAAUAUAUUUCUGUAUAUCGUUAUAUUAUUUUCUCUUAUAUAUUUUUUUUCUCUUUUUUUC